AUUUAGAAUCCAGGCUUCAGACCUAUCCCUUUCCGAUUUCUCAUGCAAUAUUUUGCGCUAAACUCAUUUUGGCCAGCUGCCCGGAAGGAUUCCUAAUUCAAACGUUCCCCACAAAGCGACACAGGCUGAACAUGUUGUUGAUAUAUAUAUAUACGAAGGCAGGGAGGGGGGACGACGACUCUUCCCUGAUUGGUCGCACAGCGCGGCUCCAGCGGUUCUCUCUGGGGGAAGCUUCAGAAGUGUUUAGAAGAUGUCUGGUGGGAUGGUCGGUGGCUUUUGCAAAAAGUUCCUGGAGGCACGAGAAAGAGCUGCAGGGAUGACGCCCUGUUGCUGGAGCGGUAAUUUGGACUCUUGGCGCCCGUUUCUGCAAAGCCUGAGAUAAGCGCGGAAUCUGAUCCUCACACCUGCAAGCUCAGGAGAGGUGGGAGCCAGCCAACCGCGUAUCGGGAGAUAAUAAACCUUUCCCGCGGAGCAGCGUGGCGUGAGGGAAGGAAACAAACGGGGUAGGGGGAAAAGGCAUUUGCCGGCUUGGUGCGCCGAGAAGCUCAGAAGAACUGGGGGCGUGCGGACAGAAGCGGCUGGCCUUCCUCAUCCUGACGCCACUAGUGAGCAAAAGGAAGGCGGCGACGCUCCUUGCCUCGCAGUGCUGGGUUUCGUGGAGGUGCCGCCGGCGCGAGUACCUGAGGAGCUCGGGCAGCCACACCGGGUGCCUGGGAGAUGAGGCUCAGGUUGGGGAGCGCACUGACGUUUGUGUGCCUCAGCGCCGUCUUCUCCUUUGCCUGGUAUGCCGCCAAGAGCGGGAGCAGAGGAAGUGGUUUAGAUUUUAACCAACGGCAGCUUUUGGAACUUCGCCAAAGACUCUUCUAUGCUGAAAAAGAAAACAGAAAAAGAUCAGAAGAGCUGAACAGUGUCCUGAAUGAAAUCAAGCGAUUCAUUGGUGACCUAGCCAACACUUCAACAAGUGUUACAGACUCUACAAAGUUGAAAGUGUUGAGUCUCACCAACAAACUCCCUGUCCAUCUUACAAAUAUCCAGCACUAUCUGCCUCAUCUUAAGGACCACGAAGAUGGUAUUUAUCCAAAUGUUGUAAUUGGACAAGGAAGGACUGGGGUGUCCUUAGUAAUGGGUAUCCCAACAGUGCGAAGAACAAAGCAAAAUUAUUUGAUGGACACACUGAAUUCCCUUUUCUAUGGAAUACCUGAAGAACAGAAGAACAAUUGUAUGAUAGUUGUCUUUGUAGCAGAGGUGGAUUCAGACUAUGUUAACAGCAUUGCAGAAAGCAUCAGAAGCUGCUUCCCAAAUGAGACACUCUCUGGAGUUCUGGAGGUUAUAUCUCCCCCUUCUUCCUAUUAUCCUGAGCUCUCCAAUCUCAAGGAAACAUUUGGAGACUCAAAAGAGAGAGUCAGGUGGAGAACAAAACAGAAUUUGGAUUAUAGCUUCUUAAUGAUGUAUGCCCAACCAAGGGGAACAUUUUAUUUACAGCUAGAAGAUGAUAUUAUAGCCAAACCUGAAUAUACACAAAUAAUAAAUGACUUUGCUGUACAACAGGAAUCAAAGGAAUGGAUGAUUCUUGAAUUUUCUCAGCUUGGAUUUAUUGGAAAAUUAUUCCGAUGCAGAGACUUACCACUGAUAAUAGAAUUUUUGUUAAUGUUCUACAAAGAUAAGCCAAUUGACUGGCUUAUAGACCAUUUACUUUGGGUUAAAGUUUGCAAUCCAGAGAAAGAUGCAAGACACUGUGAAAGGCAAAAAAACUAUUUGCGUAUUCGUUAUAGGCCAUCUCUCUUUCAGCAUGUGGGAGUUCAUUCUUCUUUGGCUGGAAAAAUACAGAAUUUGAAAGAUAAAGAUUUUGUAAAAAAUUCAUUAUUUAAAGCACACACCAACCCUCCUGCAGAGGUGACUACAAGCCUAAAAGUAUUCCAGACUUUUACCCUAGAAAAGGCUUAUAAAGGAGUGGAAUGUUUCUGGGCUUUUGCUCCUGUGGCUGGAGAUUAUAUACUGUUCAGUUUUUGGCAGCCAUUGAAAGUAGUAGGGUACCUUUUUAGAAGUGGGAAUAUGGAACAUCCUGGAGAUAAAAUAUUUAAUGCUACUGUAGAAGUUUUACCUGCUGCUGAGAUAGACAUACAAUCUGCAGAAGGCAAGGCACAGAAUUUUAAAAUCAUAAAAACUCAGGAUGGAUAUUUUCAAAUAGGCACAUUUGAAAAUGGAAUAGCAGAUGGCAUCAUCAGCCCAAUCUUGGGGAAAAUAAAAGCUCUUCGUUUAUCUAUCCAUUCUAGUUCUCCUAUGUGGGUAUUACUGAGUGAGAUAUUUAUAAAACGUGAAAAACAAGAAUCAGAAAAGAGACUUCUUUGAAAAUAUGGAAGUCUUGAAGGCUACAUGGAAACAAGGCCAUCUAGUGGUAGCAACAAGACAAUCAACAAUGAAAUGUAAUCUUCCUAAUACAGUGUAUUAGAUGAGGGGAGAAUUUUACAUUCUCUAUAUAGAAUAUUAACUUUUGUUAAAUCUUGAAUGUUUGAAAUUAUGAUAAUAUAUUGCCAACAAGCCUUUUGUAAAUAAAAAUACUUUUAAUAGCGUGAUCAUACAAUCCUAUGCACGCAUUCUAGGGUGUAAAGCCCAUAGAAUUGUGCUGUAAAUAUCACAUUAACUUAUCGUACAGUAGAUAGCAAUACACUUUAAAAAAAAACAAUGAUAGGACAUGACCCUGCCCAAACUGCAUACUUUUUAAGCCCUAUUACAGUUGGAGAACAUUAUUUAUUUGAUUUAAUCCUACCAUUUCUUUUAAGUUGCUCAGGUAGUGGACCUGGAAUUCUUUCACUUUAUAUUCACAGUAACUGUUUGAGUUCGGUUAACAGAUAGAAAUGCAGUGGCCCAAGGCCAUCCAGUAUGGUUCAUAGCUGUUUCAUGGAAAUCAAAGCUAUCAGCAGCUACUAACCCUGACGGAUAUGUUCUACCUUCCCUGUCAGAGGCAGUAUGCUUCUGAAUACCAGUUGCUGGAAACAGCAGGAGGGGAGAGUGCUCUUGUGCUCAGGUCCUGGUUGUGGGUUUCCCAUAAGCAUCUGGUUGACCAUUGUGAGAACAGGAUGCUGGGCUAGAUGAGCCAUUGGCCUGAUCCAGCAGGCUGUUUUUAGGUUCUUAAAAAACAAACUGUUUAUGAUGUGGAAGUUCCUUAAUCAGAUUUCCUUAAAUUUUUAUUUUUACUUAAAAGCAGAUGCUUCUGAGGGGGCACUCCAAAACAGACUGGAGCAGUGGUGAUGGAGGAGGCCUAUUUAGCGAUUUCCCCUCUCUACUGUUUUCAUCAUCUAAUUUGCCUGAAAGAAGCUUCUGUUUGCCCCACAGAGGGAGAGAAUACAUAUGUAAAGUGCUCCCUUUUUGUACAGAAUGCCCUAUCUCCUUGUCUCCCAUCAUCAGAGUUCUCCCUUGUGAGCUCUAAACACAAACAAUAUAAGGCCAAAAAGAUAUUGCCCUAUUCUCUAUCAUCUAAUGGUCUUCCUGUGUGGGGUUUAUUUGUUGUUAGUGCGCUGUGAUUGGGUGCUCAGUUACACUAUAACUUAUUUUCUGUCAUGGCAAUGGGGACACAGCUACUGUUGACAUGGGUAGCUUUUCUAAAAUGUAUUUCCCCCUUCCUAAUGAAGUCAGUGGAGGGAAAUUUCUUGUGGCACUUCAGGGACUUGGGUGUGGCCAUGGUUAAGAGGGGUUUAUAGGGUUUGCCGUAAGUGUGCACCUCUCCUAUACCCCACCCACAUCUCCCCCAUUCCAUUCACUCCAUCAGCAUAUAUUUGCUGGUAGAACAACUCCACUGGCAAUGUGUUACACUGAUGGAAUGGUGACAUUCCAUUGGUGUCAUCGUGCCAGCAGCUUAUCUGGUAUUGCACUGGUGUAGCGGGGCUUCUGCCAAAUCCUAAGGCUUCUCAGUCAGAGUAAAUCCAGUGCAGGAUUGCACCUUUGACGUUGUUUUUAAGCUUAAAUAGUUUGAUUUUUUAUUCCAAAUUUAGAUUCCAUAGAAAAUAUUGUUUUCACUGUGGUUGGAUGCAAUGUCGCAAACAUGAGAACAUUCACUCUUGUGCCUUGUAUCUAUGCUGAAUCAUAUAUCUAAGUCUCAGAACACUUUAAAAUAAAAUGAAGGAGAUGUUUGGUAAAAACCCAAGUGCCUGUACAUUCUGCAGUGUGUUUCAUUCAAUUCUGAAUAUAUUACUCUCAAACAACUUUUUAUGUAAUACAUAUGCACAAGUUAGCAUAUCUUUUGUCACAGAACAGUGAGGGGGAUUUUCCCAGAACAGCUAACAAACGGAUUUUUAAAACACACAACUAGUUAACACUGAAACAAUAAGAUACUUUGAAAAAAUUAAAAUGAGAUAACAAAAAUUGAAAAUCAGGACAACAACAUAUAAAUAUAACUUUGAGUCAAGCUGGCAUAAUGUAAGUUGCUCAGUUAUGAUUCUUUUAUUAUGCUUAUAAUUGGCAACUUCAAGAUUGGAUUAUUGCAAUGCCCUUUAUAUGGAACUUCCUUUGCAGGUCCAGAAAUUGUAGUUAGUGCAAAAUGAUGCAAUGCGAUUGCUGACAAGAGUAAGAUACUGCAAGCAUGUUACACCACUGCUCAAAGAUAUGCACUGCCUGCCACUAUGUUACCGGACCAAGUUCAAGGUUUUACUAUUAGUAUUUAAAGCCUUUAACAGCUGGGAAACAGUUUACUUAAAAGCAUUGCCUUGCCUCAUAUGUGCCUACUCACCCACUUCACUCUGCAGAGCUUGUACUUAUUACAAAUGCCAUAUGAUAUUUGUUCUGCAUCUGUUAGGAAUUGAUCAUUCAGUGUGGCAACACCUAUACUUUGGAACUCCCUAUCAACAUUAGGUAUAUAUCCAGGUUACACUGUUUUAGACACCUGUUAAAAACAUUGUAUUUAAACAAACCUAUAUAUAGAAGAUAUAUUUGUUUUUAAUAUAUGCUUUUAAGUUCAGCUGAUUUUAUCUGUAUUAUUGAUAAUUAUUUUAUAUUGUUUC